AUGUACGCGGACGAGAUUAAGCCAGGUAAUGUCUUGAGGCCUGACAAGGGCCGCGAGCAGCUGUGCUUCUACUGGACGCUGAAAGAGUUGCCGAGUUGGUUUGUCAGCAGGGACCAAGGUUGGUUCUUCUUCGGGUGCUUCCCGACGAGCAUGAUCGGAAAUGUUGCUGGCGGCUACUCAUUUCUUUUCAGCCUCAUGGUAGAAUGCUUCUUCGACCUGCAGCAGGACAAGCUCAACUUUGGAACAGGCAUCCCCCUGAGCAAGACUUCCGGAAGUUUUGUCUUCAAACCCAAGUUCGGCUUUUUCCUUGCCGACGCCAAAGCUUUAAAACAGCUGUGGAACCUGAGUGGUGAGAAUGGAACGAAGCCGUGUUUUUGUUGUGCUAAUGUGGUAGGCAGGAUUGAGGCCGAGGGCCUUGUCAACCAUGAGUAUUUGGUGCACGUGAGCAGCUGUGAGCAAGACCGCUUCCAGCUGCACACGCCGGAAACUGGUGCAACCAUGGUGCGAGACCUGGCCGCUUUGGCAGGCCGUCCGGCCGAGCAAAAAAAGUUGGGUCAGGUUUGUGGUCUGCAGUACCACGAGAACGGGGCAUUGUGGCAUCCUCGCUUGCAACUGAACCACAUCUCGCAAACCAUGUACGAUUGGAUGCAUGUGCUCGUGACGAGCUCUGCUGUAGGUCAGUACCAGGUGAACGAGUUUGCGAAGGAGCUCAAGCAGAGUUGGCAUGUCAGCCUCGAGUAUCUAGACCACUUCGCACAGACGUUCCAGCUGCCGGCAUGUUACACCGCCCUGCCGAAGAAGUUCUUCCGCGACCGGGUAUGCAUGGAGGCCAACUCCUGCAUCAGGUGCUUUGGCUCCGAGAUGUUGGUUGCGGUGAGGAUUCUUGUGGCCCUGGUCCAGACUGUGCUGGACCCGGCCGGUGUUCUUCCGGAGCACUGCCGCUGCAUGAAGCUGCUGGGAGACAUUUUGGACAUCUUGUCGUCCUCGGUAGCCAGCCCUGCACGCAGGGCCGUGGCUCUGGAAGAGGCCGUGUCGGCACACAGGCCGCUCUUUGCCGAGCUCUACCCCGACUGCCGGAAGCCCAAGUUCCACUGGCUGCACCACGUGCCGGCUCAAGUGCGGAAGUUCGAC